AUGCCAUCCACUUCCAUGAUUGUUUCAGGGAGUGUAUUGCAUGGUUUACAUGGACCCCAGGUCAACCACCCCUGGCCUGAUCGGCAGUCCCAUGCUUACUGGGACGUCCGCCAGUUGACUCUGGGACAGGUCACAUUUGUUGGGCGCACGGCGCCGCCUUCGCACGCCCGAGCACCUCAGGGCGAUGUGGCGAACGUCUUUCGGAGCUCUCCAAGGGCGGUCGACUCGCUGGUUCACCCAAGCACUUCAGUCACAAAGAACAUCGUGGGAUGCCCUGCGGCACUGCAGGUGAAGCCGGGGACAAGUUGCAAGAUCAACCUGACAGCCGGCCUGUUCUGUUCGCUAUAA